AUGCUCAGGGACCAUGAUAUUCAGCAACUGGCCGGCAAGUUGCGUACUGUUGGCCAGGAGAACCGGCGCCAUCAUGAAAAUCUGAGUAAUCUGCUGGAUAAUUUCAAUUCGUUGCUGGAGAGCUAUAACCUGCUGAAGAGCGAUUAUGAGGAGGAGAAAGAGGCGCGGGAGAAGUAUAAGAAGAUGGCUAGGGGGCAGGAACGGAAUCCCUUUGUUCUGGUGCUUGUGGAUGGUGACGGAUAUCCGUUUCAUGAAGACCUUAUUAGAAGCCGCAAUGACGGUGGGAUCACAGCUGCACGGCGUAUGACUGACAGUGUAAAAGAACUACUCCAUGACCGGCUUGGGGACCAAGCUGAGCAGUGCCGUAUCAUGAUACGCAUCUAUGCCAAUGUCCUGGGUUUAUCCAAGGCUUUGGCUCGCGCUGGGCUCGUCGGGCAUGAGGCUCGUUCACUUGCUGGAUUUGCAGCGAGCUUUACUCGCUCGCAGGAUUUGGCAGAUUUUAUCGACGCGGGUGAUAAGAAAGAAGGAGCAGAUCAUAAGAUUAGAGAAAUGUUCCGCCUAUUCGCUGAUAUUAAUCAGUGCAAACAUAUUUUCUUCGCGGGCUGCCAUGAUGUUGGCUACCUUUCAUUCCUAAUGCCCUACCGCGGCAUGGCUGACCGUAUCACCCUACUUAAGGGUCCAUCAUUCCAUCCGGAAUUCAGGUCUCUGGGGCUGUCUAUCUCGGAAAUACCCUCUGUUUUCAUGUCGAGUCCACUUGGCAUCGGCCCUGAACCGAUUACUUCUAAAUCAGCAGUACCAAAAUCGGCAGUCUGCUGGUUCUUCCAAAAGGGUAUUUGCAAAUACGGCAACGAAUGUACUAAGCAACAUAUAACACCACAACAACACGAAAUCUCUAAACCCCAAGAUGACAAGUCGAACACCCAAAGUACCGUGCGAGAAAUGAAGCAUUAUACGAAAAUGCCCCAAUCCCCUUCAAGCAAGGACGAGGAACCUCUAAUCCACGUCAACAAAAACGGAGAGCGCAUCGACACUGCCAUCUCGCAACCAACAAACGAAGAAUGGAACGCAUACGCCCGCCGAGCCAAACAACACAAGCUCUGCAACCAAUACCACCUGGGCGGCGAAUGCAGCAACCUGAGCUGUCAGUUUGACCACAGUAACGUCGAUGACAGUUUGAUCGAGGUCAUGCGGUAUAUCAUGCGGCAGCAUGUAUGUCCGAGUGGACCCGACUGCCGGCUUAGCAAAUGCUAUCUCGGUCAUAUGUGUCAGAAACCUGGGUGCACGGGUGGCAAGCCGUGUCGCUUUAACCAGCACGCUCAUACCCUUGAUCGUCAAGUUUGGGGUACUAGCACGCCGACCGAUACGUGUAGUUACGACUCUAAUAGUUCGGAUGAGUCCUAUGCAGCUUAA